GCAACCCCCUCCGGUGGGGGCCAUAAUAAGGACGAACGCAAGGCGAAGCCAACCAAACCCAAACCACAAUCGUUCCAAUCCCCUCAGUCGCAAAAAAAUAAAAAAAUCGUUCCAAUCCCCUUCCUCGGCGAUCGCCUCCGGUGCUUCCGACCUCCUCCCGUCGCCUCCGCCGAGCUCGAUUCCGUCCCCUCCUCCGCCCGUCCUAGACUAGCUCCAAUGGGUUUCAUCCAGAGCACCUUCUCGCUCCUUGUCGGCGCGGCGGGCGGCAUCUACAUCGCCCAGAACUACGACGUCCCCAACAUCAAGAACUACAUGCAGGGCCUGAUGGGCAAGGCCAAGGAGCUGGACCAUGCCUACAAGAAGCCCGAGGAUGGCAGCAAGAACAAGGCUUAGUCAGCCCGCUCCCCCACCCCUCCAUUAGAGCAUGACCGACCGCUUAGCAUGCUAAUUGUUAUUACUAUCACUUAGUAGGUUCACUAUAUAUCAUUUGAGCAAUGACUCUGUCCACUCCGUUUUAAGACUCUGUCCUGGGGAUGAAAUUUAGUAGAUGAUGGCGGCACGUUUGUGAAUGAACGAAUUAAUGGAUGAAAUGACCUGUUAGACUGCGUGAUU